AUGCAGCGCAGCCUCAUCGCCGGCCACAACAACAACCGCCACCUCACCGUGGAGGAGCUGGAGAACAACAUCGGCGGCCUCCCCAUCACCGACCAGAAGCUGCAGGAGCUCUUCGACUCCCUCGACACGGAGCACAACGGCUACCUCCCGCUCGAGGAGGUGAAGGCGUUCUACCGCUCCCUCGAGCACUACGGGCUGGACCCGACCGAGGCGGAGCUAGAGGCGGAGGUGCGGAAGUACGCCAGGAGCGACGACAACUUCAUGACCUUCGACGAGUUCUGCUGCCUCAUGCUGAGCUUUGCGCAGCGGUAA